CUCCUCUGCCUCAUGUCGUCCUUCUCUGUGGCCGUCAAUCCAGUCGUCGAGCGACACAGCCAUCUCCCAGUAGAUGAGGAAGCUGUUGAUCUUAGCGAGUCGAUCGAUUUCACCGCUACACCUGGCUGCCAAGCUCGCAAGAUAUCUACUGCUAGCGUGGACAAUGGAGGAACCUACGAACUGCAUCCCCUUCCAAAAUAUUUUACUGAACGCACUAAGAGACCUUCUGCCCUCCGCAACGACUCGACUGCGGAUACCAUUACUCUCAAGGAUCUCGUCCCCGAACAAUCCUUGCCUGUUCUCGAGGAUGUACAUCUGAAGUCUCGUACUGCGACCGCGACGAACGCGGGAAUAACGAUUCCGACCAUCCACCAUCGAGCGCAAGUCGUCAAUUCUGAAAGGUCAAAGAGCUACAAGAGGCAAGCGAAUCUUCAGUUCGCCGCCAUUUGUUGGUGUUUCUUCUUGUUGGGGUGGAACGAUGGUACAACGGGUCCACUGAUCCCUGUCAUCCAAGAGUCCUAUCGGAUCAACUUUGCCAUUGUUUCUUUGUUCUUCGUUUUCAAUUGCAUCGGAUUUAUCCUUGGUGCUGGAGCCAAUGUAUAUUUCAGUGAAAGAUAUGGUUUGGGAAAAAUUGUGUUCUUCGGUUCCCUUUUCCAAGUCGUGUCGUACGCGAUGGAAAGUCCACAGCCGCCCUUCCCGGUUAUGGUCCUUGCAUACGCUCUAGCUGGUUUUGGCAUGUCACUACAGAAUGCUCAAGGAAAUGGCCUUAUUGGCAGUUUAAAAGAGCACAAAACGACGAAACUUAAUAUGCUUCAUGCUUCAUACGGCGUGGGCGCGUUCGUCUCUCCAUUGGUUGCAACCCACUUUUCGUAUGAACGGCAUUGGUCGUAUCACUUCAUCAUCUCCACGGGCAUUGCGGUCUCGAACUCGGUUAUCCUUGCAUUGGUGUUUCGCUUCAAGACGCGGGAAGUCCUCCUCGCGGAAGCGGGUCAGGAACCAGGAGAGUCUGAUACUGCAGGAUCUCGAGAUGAAAACUUGUACAGCUCAAUCCUUAAAAUCAAAGCUGUGCAUUUCCUUGCCAUUUUCGCCCUCAUCUAUAUCGGCACUGAGGUUACUCUGGGUGGCUGGAUCGUUACGUUCUUAAUUAACGAGAGAGAAGGCGGAAAGAGCGCGGGAUACGUCUCCUCUGGUUUCUUCGGUGGACUAACUCUGGGCCGGCUGUGCCUUAUAUGGUUCAGCAAAAAAGUCGGAGAGCACCGUGUCAUCUUUGUAUAUACUCUACUCGCCAUAGUACUGGAACUGACCGUGUGGUUUGUUCCUUCCAUCAUCGAGAACGGAGUUGCAAUCUCAUUCGUUGGCUUGCUACUGGGUCCCAUGUUCCCGAUACUUGUCGGCCAUGUGACACGAAUACUCCCUGCAUGGUUGUUGACCGAAAGCGUUGGGUGGAUUACAGGAAUUGGUAUGUCGGGAUCAGCGGCCCUGCCUUUCAUAACGGGUCUAUUGGCAUCUCGUUAUGGAAUCCGAUCAUUGCAGCCAUUAGUCGUCUCGAUGAUGUGCACACUGGUAGGCAUUUGGGCGUUUGUACCGCGUACACGACGCGUCGACUGAGCGAUAAGAAGGAUGUAGAGACUUCAUAGAGUAUAGAGGAGUCGGUACGGGAACUUGGAUCUUUUUUUAGACUUGAUAAUUCAUAUGUGCAAAAUGCUGUGUGACG